CAAAGGAAUGAAAAUGAUAAAAAUGCUUUCUGAUUUUGAAACCAAUAUGAUGCAACAAGAAAACAUUUAACCCACAGCGGUUGGGAUGCUGCAUGUUUGUCCAGUUGUCCUUCUGUACCUCCUCUUUCACUCCCCGCCCUGUUCCUCUGUGUCCUCCUGCUCUUCUCCAGUGGUCCAUUACUGUGUUUCUCUCCUCCUCAGGUGGUUGACCAUGCCUUCUCUGAAGUAUCAAGCAGGGGACAAGGUGAUGGGCCGCUGGCCCGGCAGCAGCCUGUACUACGAGGUCAAAGUGCUGGGCUACGAUGCUAAGAGCCGCCUCUACACAGUCAUCUACAAGGACGGCACAGAGCUGGAGCUCAAGGAGCAGGACAUCAUGAGUGUCACCAGCUUCCAGCAGCGCACUCGCUCRCGUUCCCGCUCCAACUCCCGUUCCCCCGGGCGCCGCCGCAGCCGCUCACGCUCCCCCGCUAGGACCACACGUCGCUCGUCAUCACGUACCGCCGCCGCUGCUGCAGCCGCCGCCGCAGACAGCACACCGUCUUCAAGCGGGGAUAAAAAGCUCAAGCAAGCAGCUGAAAUCAAGAUCAGUCCAAUACAGCAGGAGAAAAAGCCAGUCGAGAACAAUAGCAACAAUAAACAUGAAAAAGAGGAGAAUAACACAGCUAGCAAAAUCAAUGAGUCUGAUGCUAAGGUAGAGUUGGACUCUGAGAAGAACCAGGGCCGCUACAACCUGCGCCGCAGGAAGGAAGAUGGAGACUCCAAAGCAGCUGAAGCCAAGCCAGAAGAGAGAGAGAAGAGGGCGUCUGCUGCCCCCGUUGCUGCUGCCGCCGCUGCUGCCUCUACCCCACUGGACUUUGGAGGAAACAUAGGAGCCCUCUUGCUGAUGCUCUUCCUGCCUGCCUGGGUUCUGUUYCUGGUCCUCCAGGUGAACCAGAAGGAUCCCAGUCUGACAAUCCUCCCUGCUCUGCCUCCACUUGAAACUUUCUGGGAUCCUCAAGCUCUUGGCUUUGUCGUCAUCUGGAUUUUCUUCCAGGCUCUACUCUACACUUUGCCUUUUGGGAAGCUGAGUGAAGGAGUUCUGCUGAGGUCUGGCAGAAGGCUCACAUAUAGAACCAAUGGUUUCUUUGCCUUUGUGGUCAGUGCUGCAGUGGUGGCAGCAGCAGUGUACCAGGGAGCUGACCUCACCUACAUCCACAGCCACUUCCUGCAGCUGACCUCCGCCUCCUUCCUGGUGUCUUUGCUGCUUAGUGUCUACCUGUAUGUCCGCUCCCGCUCCGCMGCCCCUGAUGAGCGGGCUCUAGGAGGAAACUCAGGAAAGCUGAUCUAUGACUUCUUUAAAGGCCGUGAGCUGAAUCCUCGCAUCAAAGAGUUUGAC